GAUCCUGUCAUGUCACGGACUAAACUAGCAAUAUGCACAUGCAUGGAAGCAUGCCCACGUCAGCGGGGAGUCCACCGCGAAGAUCUGCGUUUUUGAGCCCGCAGAAAGGGAGGAGAAAAUCGAUCUCGGCUCGCGCAAGCGGAGGACGAUUUUGAGAGCGACGAUGCAGUCGCCAAAGAUGCCGACACUGCAGCCACCAACCAGCCACCUGCAACGCCCUCUCGCCCUCUAUGUGGUCUGCGCCGCCGCAUUCACCACUCUCUGCAGCGGCUUUCAGCUUCCAAGCAGCCCUCGCCGCCUCAUCAACAUUGAUGACAAUAGACCUCAUCUGUCGGCAGGGCUCCUCGCCAGGCAUCGACAGCCACUGACAAUGAGUUCGUCGACGGAUCCUCCGCAGAAACAGACCAAGAAGGUGCCUCUGAAGGACCCGUAUGAAGGUGCCACACACACACACACACACACACACGGCACACACACACACGGUGCCGUCUGUGUGUGAAGGCAAGGUGGGAAACCUGAAAGGAGGAAUGGAACGCUCUCCUCUCAACCCAAAGCUGAGUGAAGCGGAGACCAACCUCGGUACAUACGAGAACGGAGGGCGGGAGGGAGAUGGCCAGCUGGGGAAUCCCACACACGCUGGAUGCAUUGCAUGGGCGGUGUCUGUCUGGUGGUGCCUGUGGUCGGCUGCAGUGAUGGAGAAGACGAGCUGGGAUCCUCGCAGUGAAUGGCGUCAGAGGUCGAUGGACUGGGCCGCGUACGAGAACGUUACGUCUUUUGUGUGCUCGCAAUGUGGCUACGUCUACGUCAACGCUGAAAACGAGGUGAGCGAGGGCAUGGCCGACCGAGCGACAACCACACACAGGACAGGCAGUGCAGUUCAGUGUAUCUUCCUUCCUUUCUUGUGGUCUUGUGGUGUGUCUUGUCUGCACUGCAGAUCAGGUUCCAAGAUCUGCCCGACAACUGGCGCUGCCCUGCAUGUAAGACAAGACACACAAAGGCUACGGUGCAUCGGUGACGUACGUCCACACAUUGCCUUUCGCCAUCCCAUCCAUGCCUUUCUGCCCUGCCCGCAGGUAACGCUCCCAAGUCGGCCUUUGGUGUCGGCGGCAACCCCAACGCCUUCCAAGCCCAAUUCGGCAUCAAACCGCGGGAGCUGAUCCUCUACAUCAUUCUGCCAAUUGUGGGCGUCAUCCUGUUUUCCCAAUGGAAAGAGUUCAUCGAGCCAAGAGUAUUCUAAUGAGCCAGCUUGUGGACGGACACAGGGGAGGGCGGUGAGAGGAGAGGGCGCAUCGCAUCGGAUGGCAUUUUUUCCGAGAGCCUGUGGAUGAGAGGGGAGGAAUAGCUAUGACAUGAGGGGGAGACGUGACGGGGGGGUGGGUUGUCUGUCGGGCUGAGUCAAUGGGUCGUGCACGAGAGGGGGGAGGGGAUUGGGCGCAGAUUGACAGGACUCGUCAACUCUGCGUGCAAUGAAUGUCGAUUUUUGGGCUCUCUGGGGUAGGUUGUAUUUUUCGUGGUGUGUCAUCUACCAACCACUGAGUGAAUGUGGCUGAAUGCGUGUUUGUAUGUGUACGGCGUGCGAGGAUGUUUGUUUGUUUUGAGUGCUGCAAGUUGCGUUGUGUGUGAGAUUUGUUUUGUUGUCCAUGCCAUGAGCACUCCCUCACUCCCUCAUCCUUAGUGCUAGGUGUAGAGUAAGUAUCCAUGAGACAGACAACCCAAUUAAGCCGUCGAUCGUUGAAUUGAAAUGGCUGGCAC